AGAGACAGAGCUCAGAUGGGUGUGUUUUAUGUGCCACUGCAGCAUCAGUGUGGAUAAGAAAAAACACGACUGAGCAGACAGGACAGGAAGACAGAGACAGCAAGGACAGGCAUUCCCGUGACAAGGGGACAGACAGCGUGAAAAGCGAGAGACGCAUCACCUGCAGAGUGGCAGUGAGCAGCCGGACCUGAAGGGGGGGCUCCAUUUGGAUGUGCACCAAUCCACUUAAAACAGUCUUCUUUAUCCGCCCUCUCCAGAGGGUCUGGGAGGUCCCCGGAGUGUGUGUCUGGUUGUGCGUACAAAGUGAGAGGGUGUGUGUGUUUUUGUGUGUUGAUGAGUGUGUGGGUGUGUCGUGUCACUUUUGAUGGGACACUGAGAGAUGUGUAUGUCACAGCGUCGGUGGACGGGCUAUAGGGGGCCACAGUCCCCUGCCCUCCUCCUGAUCCUCGUCCUGCUUCCUUCAUUCUUCUCCACUGCUCCGUUUGCUCAGGGACAUAUCGAAAUCCCCAAAGACUAUAAAGUACUGAACAUGUCAGAGCCUCCAGUACUGAUACAGAUGCCGACAUCAUACACAGCUUUUUCUCAAGAGGACAUCAAUAUGAACUGUGAGGCCAGUGGUAACCCGACGCCCACUUUCCGCUGGGUGAAGGAUGGCAAGAUGUUUGGGCCUGAGCUUAAUGGGUCUGGGUCGGUGCGAGCCGAGGAGGACGAGCUGCUCGAGUCUUACGAAGGCUUCUACCAGUGUUACGCCUCCAACAUGCUGGGCACUGCAGUGACACAAACCAUUCAGGUCAUCGUUGAGCCUCAACCAGUUCUUUUGAAACAGCAAAAACAACAUACCAAAGCUUACGAGGGAGAAAGUAUCAUCCUGACCUGCAACCCCCCAGAAAGCUCCACUCCUCCGGACAUCCACUGGAUGGAUAAGAAGAUGGUGCACAUCAGCAAGAGUGGCAGAGUCACGGUUGGUCGAGAUGGGAACUUGUACUUUUCUAACCUUCUCAAAAGUGACACCAGGGAUGACUACAUCUGCAAUGCUCAGUAUACAGCAGCCAGAAUCAUCCUCCCAGCAGCGUCCGUCUCCCUCACCGUCUUGCUUAGUAAUGAGGUGGUUCGUGGUAGGAAACCUGAAUUCUUCCUUCUAAGUGGUCCUCACACUCAUAUUCUGGCCCUCAGGAAGCAGAGUUUGACUCUCGAGUGUAUCCCCAAAGGCCUACCCACACCAAAGAUGGAGUGGAGGAAGAAGGACGGUAAUCUGGAUAAUACAGGGGGGAAGCUGGAAAAAUUUGACCGCUGGCUUAACUUUGACAGUAUCACCGAGGAUGAUGACGGAGAGUACGAGUGCAAAGCCUCCAACAGCCACGGCUCCACUUCACACUCCUUCAUUGUCACUGUAGAAGCGGCACCUUAUUGGCUGAAGGAACCUCAGAACCUGCGUUACGCUCCAGGUGAAACUGUCCGUAUGAACUGUCAGGCUGAAGGCAUCCCGAAGCCGAUCAUCACCUGGAGCAUCAAUGGUCAGCCACUCACAGAGGUAGAUGACGAUCCUCGUCGGAACGUGUCGGGCGGCGUGUUGAUACUGAGAGACGUUACAUUCGGGGACACCGCUGUGUAUCAGUGUGAGGCCACCAACAAGCACGGCUCCAUCCUCCUCAACACCUACCUCCAUGUCAUCGAGCUCCCGCCGCAGAUCCUGUCCUCUGACGGCAUGGUGUACAGGGUCACUGAGGGAGGAGAGGCCAAGAUGCACUGUGAAUCCUUUGGGUCUCCACGGCCGCACGUCACGUGGGAGGGUGAAGACAAUGUUCCACUUCUGUCGGAUCCUCGCAUCUCUCUGCUGACCAAUGGGACGCUUGAGCUGGUAAACGUCAGUUAUGAUGACAGGGGAGCCUACACCUGCUCUGUCAAACACACCAACAUCUCCAUUACUGCUCACCUGGAGGUGUUCAACCGAACAGUGAUAACCAGGGGCCCGCAGAACAUACGUGUACUCAGAGGAACCAACGCGCUGUUGGACUGUCUCUUCCACAAAGAUCGUCAGCUCCAUCAUUACCAGAUUGUCUGGAGGAAACGUGGAAGCAAAAUCCAGGAGUCGUCACCAGAUGACAAGUACACUAUAUUUGAGAAUGGCACCUUGAGAGUGACUGAUGUCCAGUCAGAUGACACCACGUCUUACUCUUGUGAGGUAAUCACUGAGCUGGACCGUGUGACAGCCCGCGGUUACAUCACUGUAGUAGCACGCCCGGAUCCUCCAAAAGAUCUGUCCCUGUCUGUGCCUGAUGCGAAGGGCCACAACCUCAUGCUCAGCUGGGUCCCAGGACCGUCACACAACAGCCCCAUCACUGAGUUCAUCGUGGAGGCUCGUGAGGAGCAGCACUUGGAUGAGGGGAAGUGGAGGUGGGAGAAGUGGAUGAAGGUUUCUGGAGACUUCAACCACUUGGAGCUGACCCUCCAGCCAUUCUGCACCUACCGAUUCCGGGUCAUCUCUGUAAAUGAGUAUGGCCACAGUGACCCCAGCCUGCCUUCAGAUUACUACAGCACACCCCCUGCUGUUCCAAGCAGUAACCCCACAGGUGUCCACAGUGAGUCCAAAGACCCCGGUACGAUGAUCGUUAUGUGGGAUGAGAUGAACAAGAUCUUACAUAAUGGUCAAGACUUCCAAUACAAGGUGUCAUGGCGACAGGCUGAUACAAAUGGGAAGAGCCAAGACUGGAAUCAUGGCUACGCCAAGAGCCCACCCUUCUUUGUAAACAACACGGGGACAUACACACGGUUUGACAUCAAGGUCCAAGCUGUGAAUGCACUGGGAGAAGGACCUUCACCUGUAUCUAAGAUCGGACACUCAGGGGAGGAUUUACCUCUGGAGGCCCCUGGUGGAGUUGCAGUGACAGUGAUAAAUAGUACAGUCAGAGUAAAAUGGAAUGAAGCUCAGAAGGUCCAGGGUCGGCUGCGGGGAUACAAGCUCUAUAUUAAGAGGUUGGGUCCUAAAGGGGUGCGGAGCCGGAGGUACCUUGGAAAGCAUCACCAUGCAGAGGGACGAGACAGACAGGAAAGAGUUGAUCCAGGAAACAGCAGAGAUGAGGACAAAGUGGUGGUUGUCCAUGGCAACAAGACGUCAGCGGAGGUCACGGGGCUGCGACUUUAUUCUCGAUAUGAGCUGUCUGUUACAGCCUUCAACAGCAAAGGGGAAGGCCCUCGAUGCCAGCCUGAAGUCUUCAGUACUCCAGAAGGAGCACCUGGCCCUCCUACAUCUUUAAGGUUUGAGAGUCCAACAGAAAAGUCACUUAUUCUCUACUGGACCCCUCCUGCUGAACCCAAUGGCAUCCUGCUGGGAUAUGUGCUGCAGUACCAACAGAAGGUGGAGAGCAGAGACAGUCUGGUGCAGAUGGAGAUCAUCAGCGAUCCCAGUGUGAAUCACUUUGAGUUGGACAAUUUAGAUCCCAGCAGUUAUUACAUCUUCACACUGAUGGCACGCACUGCUGCUGGAGAUGGACCUCCUAUCACUGAGAGCGGUGCCACCCUGCUGGAUGGAGUUCCUCCAUCAAAUAUCACCAUGGUGGCAGGAGACACGUCGGUCAACUUGAGCUGGGUGCCAGGAGAGCGAGACAGAAACCAUGGCUUCUCCAUCUAUUACCAAAGGAAGGGUGUAGGCAGGUCUACGGUUGAGGUGUCAGAGAUGGUGAACUCCACACAGGGUUUCUACUCACUGACAGGCCUCCAGCCGGGCUCUCAGUACCACUUUGUAAUUAAGCACGGAAACAACACGUACUGGGACAACGAAAUCCGAACAGCAGGACCAGAAGUGUCAGAAGUGGCCGGUGGUUUCGCAACCCAAAGUUGGUUUAUUGGACUUAUUAGCGCCAUUGUGCUGCUGAUUCUGAUCCUGCUCAUCCUCUUCUUAAUCAAACGCAGCAAGGGGGGCAAAUAUGCAGUGAAGGACAAGGAAGAUAAAGAAGGAGAUUCUGAAGCUCGGCCAAUGAAAGAUGAGACAUUUGGAGAGUACAGAUCUUUGGAGAGCGAUGGAGACGAGAAGCGUUCAGACAGCCAGCCGUCUCUGUGUGGGGACAGUAAGCUGGGGAGCGACGACUCUCUUGCUGAAUAUGGAGACAGUGUGGACAUCCAGUUUAACGAGGACGGCUCUUUCAUUGGCCAGUACAGUGGCAGAGGACCUGUUCCUCAAGGCAACGAAAGCUCUGGUCCCGCGUCACCUGUAAAUGCAGUUCCGCCUCCCCCUAUUGCUCCUUCCAUGUCAACCAUCCUGGACCGGCCCAGCUAGACACACAGAACACACACACACGCACACACACGUCAACACAAACACAAGCAAAAACCACACUCCACCCACGCACACACUGAAAGGCCAAAAGAGCCGCGACUCCACUGACUGUAAUGAUGUAGGUUACACUCCCGCUGUCAGUACAUUCCACAGGUUCAUGCAGUUUACAGGACAUGUCCCCGCAUGCGUUUAUGCACACGUCAACAUUUAAAUAUCCACACGGUACGUAACACCCGUCUCUUUAAGGAAGGAAGGAGAGGUGGACGGCUGAUGAGGAGUGAGACAGAGAGGAGAAAAGUGAAAUUUACAAAGUACGUCACCAAAAUAAAUUCAGCUUUUACAAACGUGUCAUUCUGUCAGAUUAAAAUAUUUAAAGUCGCCUGCUAGAUUUAUAUGUUGACCUCCAGGUCACUAUAGCAACAACACUGUCAGCUGCACUGAUGGACCAGGAUGGGGGAGAUGUGGUGCAGUACGUUGCCAUGGUAAUUGAGGAGCUACAAAAGCCGUUUAACAUUUUGCACAAAGUUGUGUAAAAAGAAGAUUCUUCCAACUUUUUAAAGAAUGUUCUUCCAGCUUUUCUGAACUAAAGAACUUUUGAUCUUUCACCCAAAAAUAAAUCAACAUUCAGUUUAUCAUUGUGGCUCCAUCAGACUGAAAUCUUUAACUUUCACCUCACAGUUUUCUGUUGUCUUCUCACUAAAAUGAAUGAAGCAUUUUCUUUCUGCUAUAAAUGUCAGUGUGAAUGCAGCAUCUUAUCAUUUAGGGGUUUUUUUCCCACUAUGUGUCUUAUUUAUUUGUGUUUGCAUGUAUGCAUGUGGGAAUUUUUGCUAUUUAUUAAUGUGCGUGUCAGCCUCCUAAAGUAAAGGUGCAUGGUCCCUGCAGGUGCUCCUGGAUUGAUUUGAUAUUGAGUUGAUAUUUAGAAUACGAGUGUAAAGAGUGUGUGAGUGUGGUCAUGCUCUCUGUCCCUGCAUGCUGAGCUGCAGCGAUGGGAGAACUUUUGCCUUGAGAGUCCAGUUGAGCCUCCUCUCCUCCAUCUUUCUGUCCAUCUGAAAAACACCCUAUGCACGCACGCACGCACACACACACACGGAGUCAAUGCAUACAUAACAUGGAGGUCUGUCGAGACCUCUGGAGGAAGUUGGUCCUCUGUAGCAAAACCCAACUGACCCCUCUGAAGACUUGGGGGGAGGAAGAAGAGGAGGACACAAACAUGAGGAGAAAAAGUUGAGAGAAUCUGAUGUAUUGUUCUCUGAAUGUAAAUACAACUUUGAGAAUGUCAGUUUUCAUUUUUUUUUCUUAUUAUUAUUCUCAUUGCUUCUUUUAUAAGAUGAACAAAUUUGUGUCUUUUUGCUCUCGGUUGCUGUUUGCGUUGUGUACUGCAGCACUCGUACUCCUCCCUGCUGUGGUCUCUGUAUCGUAGAACCUCACCCACCAUCUUAGGUUCAGCUUUUCCUCUCGUGUCACUUUGUAGACUUUUAGAGAAGAUUAGAAUCAUAGAACAGACACCC